AUGGAUCCCCAGACCUUGCGCGACGCCACUGCGGUGUACAAUUACCAUCGCAUGUCCACCACCCCACCGCACCCUGCCGACGCCAUCUUCUGUCUCUGCAGCCUCGACACCCGCGUCGCUACCCGCGCCAGCGAGCUUUAUCUAGCCGGCCUGGCGCCUCUGUUGAUCUUCUCAGGAGGCAGCGGAAAACUCACGGCAGAACGGUUCGAUGAGCCAGAAGCAAAGGUGUUUGCCAUGAUUGCGCGGAACAUGGGCGUCCCUAGCGGGGCCAUCCUCGUGGAGCCUGCGUCGACGAAUACAGGCGAGAACGUGCGCUUCACAUUCGAUCUGCUGUCGAGGAGGCAGAUCGACGUCAAGAGCUUCAUCCUGGUGCAGAAGCCGUACAUGGAGAGGAGGACAUUUGCCACGUUCAAGAAGCAGUGGCCUGGCCCAGACGUUGAGUUCAGCGUGACCUCGCCGCAGUAUGACUUUGCCGAGUACUGCGAUGACCAGAACCCGCAGGACUUGAUUAUCAACAUCAUGGUAGGCGACUUAAUCAGGAUUCGCGAGUAUCCGAGAAAGGGGUUUCAGAUGGAACAGGGGAUUCCAGACGAGGUGUGGGACGCCGGACAACGGUUGAUAGCAGCAGGGUUCGAUGGACAUUUGCCGUAG